AUGAAACAAAAUCAAUAAUUAACAACAGAUGAAGAUGAAAUGCUUCCAGAUGAACCUUGGAGAGAUUAUAUAGAGUAGUUUAAAGAUUUGAGGUAAAAAGGGACUCAGAAAACAGAAUAAGAACUCUAAAUAUAUACAAAGAUUGAAUAAAACUUAAUCAUUAUUGGUAAGGGUCCUAAGCCAAAUCCUGAUAAAGCAUAAUUCAUUCAUAAAACUAAAUGUCUUUUGCUAAGACUUAAGAAGGAUUUACAUUUCUUUUUUGCAGAGGAGCAUGAAUUGACUCUUUAAUGCAUCACAAUAUUAUUACUUCAAAUAUUAGAGGAUUAUCCAUAUAUAUUUAAUGAUUGUCAAUAAUAAAUAUUAGAAAUGCUUACUUGUCUGACAUUAAAAGAUUAUACAUUAAUGCUAUUGAUUAAUUCUAUAAGUCUAAAAGAGUAUAUUAAAAAAUUGACAAAGGAAAUAUUCUUAGAUUCAACACAAUAUAAUCCAGUAAGUGAAAUUCUAUUUCUUUUAAUUGUGAUGAUGAUGGCUCAUUUUGAUUUCAUCAAGAAUCCAGAAUUAGAAUUAGUUUAAUUAAUUGUGAAAUGUUUUUAGCAUUAUUAGGAUUAAAGAGACAAAACAUUGAAAGAAAGAGAAAAUUAUGAUUAAAGAAAAAAGUUUGAAAAAAAGAUUGUUAGAAAGGCAGGAUUGGAACAAGAGCAAUAAGAUCUUCCUCCUGAAUUAAAAUACAUGUAAGUUCCUUAAGAAACAUGUAGAAUAUUGAAAUUAGGUUUAUCUCUUAUUCCUAGUAAUAUUUGUUAAAUGCCUUCAUCUUAUAAGUAUUAAUAAUCUGAAGAAAUAAUGAAAGAAACAUCUUUAAAUGUCUUUUUUUGUACAUUAAGUUUCAAGAUUAAAUAAACAUUAGUAGAAACAAUCAAAGAAAAUAAAAGAGAUUUUGAUGUAGUUUAGAUGUUAGUUGAUAUUGCUGGAAUGCCAGAAUGUUUUACAUAAUAAAGAGAGGCUUUGAGAACAGUUAAUAUGUUUUUAGAAGGAUUUGAUGAUACAUUAUUAUGGAUUAAAUUUGAUUCCACUAAUUUAUUUGACAAUAGUAAUAUGAAUAAUAUACAAAUUUAUGGAGAUCCAACUAAAUUAACUAUAGAUUAAGGAUUAUUUUAUGAUGGUUGUGGUUGUUUCUUUGAUAAAAAUCAAGUGCUUUAGUUGGAAGAACCAUUAAAGAUCAAUAAAAAACAGAUUGCAGUAGUAUUUUGGAUAGUAAUGUUUAAUCCUGAAACUAGUAAGGCUAGAGGUGCUUAGAAUAAUUAUUAAAUUCGUACUUUAUUGGGUUCUAGUGAUGGAUUUACAUCUUUAAUUAUUGCAGAUGCUUAUUCUUAAUUAUUGGGAAUUACCAAUAUUGGUUAGGAUGGUUAUGGAUAUAAGUUUUUUGAACCUAAGAAUGCUGAGAAGAACUUUUCUGGUUGGAAUCAUGUUGUAAUUAUUUUAGAUAAUGAAUAAUAAUCAGCAUUUUUAUAUUUGAAUGGAAAUUAUGAGAGUCAAAUUAAUAAAGUAAUUACUUAAUUUGAUAUAUAAUUUAUUGGUAAUAGUGCAUCAUUAGAUUAACCUAUAGGAUAUAUUUGUGAUUUGAGAAUAUAUCCUAGAAUAUUAAAUGAUUAAGAAAUUAAAACAUUAUCAUACUAUGAUAAAAAAUAAGUUGUACUUAAUAGUAAGAAUGAUAUUGUAGAGUUAAUUCUGAGUAAUAGAGUUAUUUUAGAUCUAAAAAGAUUAUUGGGUUAUUUCACUGGUAAGAAUUCUGAAGCCUUGAUCUAGACACUUUAAAUUCUAUCAAAGUUAUGUCAAGCCACCACUAUCUUUAGAUUAGAAUGUGCCAAGUAUGGAAUCUUUGAUUUGGCUAUGUAACUCUUACCUUCCCCUAAUUAAUAAAUAUCAUAUUAUGCUGGAAUAUUAAUUAAUAAUAUGAAAUGA